GGGAGGUGGGGGGAGGUACAACGGCGGCGGGCGAUAGGUUAUGAAAAAGUCGUGCAAAUACUGGACGGGCGUGGGUAACAUAUCGACGGUGUGUCUGUCGAACGCGAAGCGCGAACGCGCGACGAGUCUCGGAGACGACAGUCUGCCGAGUUUUUACAUGAAGGAGCAGGACAUCCCGGAGUACCUGGAGGGCUGCGGGUUGACCACCUGCACCGCCACCGGCGACAUGCCCGAGGACAUGGAGGUGCUGCGCGACAAUAAGGAGCACCCGGGGAACAAGGAGAAGAAACUGUCAACCACGUCCAUCAGCGGUGGAGGUGGUGGCCAGGGUGACACCAAGAAGACCGUCAUGGUGAAGCAUCCGGAGUCGAACAAACCGAAGCCCACGACGAAGAAGAGCAAGCCGAUCCAGGCGGAGCUGGAUGUCGCCAAGGAGUUCAUUCGCUGUCGGGACGAAUGCGUGAAACGAUUGGAUCUUAGCAAGGCCAGCAUCACGAAUUUACCCAGCUCCGUCAGGGAGUUGACUCAUCUGCGGGAGUUCUACAUUUAUGGUAACAAACUGGCGACCCUGCCACCUGAGAUCGGCUGCCUGGCGAACCUGGAGACUCUGGCGUUGAGCGAGAACUCGCUCACCAGUCUACCAAACACUCUGGAGAAUCUCAAGUCCCUCCGGGUCCUGGAUCUCAGGCACAAUAAGCUCAACGAAAUACCGGACGUCGUGUACAAGCUUACAUCGCUCACCACGUUGUUCCUGCGCUUCAAUCGGGUCAGAUAUGUCAGCGAUAACAUAAGAAAUCUGACAAAUCUUACCAUGUUGAGCCUGCGAGAGAACAAGAUCAAGGAACUGCCCGCAGGGAUAGGCGAGCUUGUCAAUCUUAUCACUUUUGACGUCUCGCACAAUCAUCUGGAGCACCUGCCUGUGGAGAUUGGCAAGUGCGUGCAGCUGUCCACGUUGGAUCUACAGCACAACGAGCUCCUGGACAUACCGGAGACGAUCGGCAAUCUGGUGUCGUUGACGAGAUUGGGUCUUCGUUACAAUAGACUGUCCAGUAUCCCCAAGUCGCUGGCCAACUGUAAGAUGAUGGACGAGUUCAGCGUGGAGGGUAAUCAAGUGUCGCAGCUUCCAGAUGGUCUGCUAUCCAGUUUGUCGGAUUUAACGACCAUCACGUUGUCCAGGAACAAUUUCACCGCAUAUCCGUCAGGCGGGCCGUCCCAAUUCACAAACGUCUAUUCAAUCAAUCUGGAACAUAAUCAGAUCGAUAAGAUACCUUAUGGUAUCUUCUCCCGUGCCAAGAACCUCACCAAGCUAAACAUGAAGGAGAAUCAGCUGACCGCUCUGCCCCUGGACAUCGGCACCUGGGUGAACAUGGUCGAGCUGAAUCUAGGUACGAAUCAGCUGAUGAAGAUCCCGGACGACGUACAGUGCCUGCAGAGUCUGGAGAUACUGAUACUCUCCAACAAUCUGCUGAAGCGUAUUCCGGCCACUAUAGCGAAUCUGCGUAAGCUGCGGGUGUUGGACCUCGAAGAGAAUCGGAUCGACUCCCUGCCGAAUGAGAUUGGUUUUCUGCGCGAGCUGCAGAAGCUGAUCCUACAGUCGAAUCAGAUCGUCACGUUGCCGCGCGCGAUCGGCCACCUGACGAAUCUCACGUACCUGAGCGUCGGGGAGAACAAUCUGAAUUAUCUGCCGGAGGAGAUCGGCACCCUGGAGAACCUGGAGUCGCUCUACAUCAACGACAACGCGAAUCUGCACAAUCUACCGUUCGAGCUGGCCCUGUGCACAAAUCUCAGUAUUAUGUCAAUUGAGAAUUGUCCAUUAUCGCAGAUACCUGCCGAGAUUGUGGCCGGUGGACCGUCGCUGGUGAUCCAGUUUCUUAAGAUGCAGGGACCCUAUCGGUCCAUGUAACAGAUUAAUUAAGGCCGCGCGUCUUCGCGCGCCGCUGAGCCACAUUGAUGUCGAUUCUUAAUUGCGAGAGAAAGGUAGAGGGAGAAGCGGUGAAAGAAAUUGUUUUCAAGGGGAAGAUAUAUUUGUAACAUGACUAUCUGUUGAACUUUAAUUCUCACUUUAAUGAUCUCACUUUAAAUGAGAAAACGUGUAAAACAAUACUGAGAUACACUGUAUAAAAACGAAUUAGAUUGCUUUGUUUCUUCGGUGUCGAAAGGAUAUUUCUUUUCAAGUGCAAAACAUGAAUUAAGUGUAAUGUUAAAUUGGUGCUGUUGAAUAUUGUUCUUGCAAAUGGGAGAGAAAUAUAUAUAUAUAUUAUGUAGAUUAGUCUUCUUGUGCAAUUUUAAAACUUGAGAUGUUUUAAAGCUCAUAAUGUAAAUUUCCAAAAAGAUGAUAUACACUAUACUUAUAUAUGAGUAUCUCUUACAAUUAGUUUAUUAUGAUAUGUUUAUCUGCUUUAUCAAGAGAUGUAAUUUCCAUGCUGCGUGUUGAUAGUACAUUUCAAUUGAUAGUUUCUAAAAAAUUAUAUACACUGUCCACAGCAUAUUUUUAUGUAACGCAAUAAGUUGCUUAUUUUCUUUAGAUGCAUAAAAUAUGAGAAUUCUAAAUUAUAUUAAUUUGUUAAGUUUGCUAAAAUAUGAUGCAAUUGUUUCAUUUUUUAUUCAUUUGAUUGUGAAAAAUAUAAACAAACUCCCAUUUUGUAAAUUGCUUAUAAACAAAUGUAAAUUAAAUCUUAUGUUGAUUAUGAUAGAGAAAAAAUAUUUUAUAUAAAACAGAUAACCAUAUAUAAUUAGUUCUCGUAAGAACUAUUUUAAUAUAUAUGUUGCAGUUAUUUUUAAAGCUUAGUAAAAUAUAGUCUUCAUUUUAUUUAUUAGCAAAAUUCGUCGAUUAAAAGUAGCUUACAAUUUUUUUAAAUUAUAAUUAUAACAUUUAUUUAUAUAUACUAUAUAUAUAUAUAUAUAUAAAAGAAAAUUGUGCAACAGCGUAUCAUUAUACGAAAGAAUACAAUAUAAACGUCCCAUCUACUACAUAAGUACAAACACGUGAGACAAGAUCUUUAAUUUAGAAAUGAUAGAAGAAGAAAACGUGUUAAGAAUCGACAUCAACGGCAUUGUUUGUUGUACUAAAAGGUUGAAACGUACUUCGUGUAUAUUAUAAGCGAGAAAAAAAAGAUAUUUUAUUAAAAUAUUAAAUUGAGAAGUUGUGAAUAUAACGUGCACACAAAACGAACGUCGGUACACAUAAGUUUCCAUAUACAUACAUUCUGAUGUUAUAUAUGCGUAUAUUUUUUUCUCAUUUUUUCGUCGAUGUGUAUGUCACCUUAUGAGGUACAAAAUAUACUAAGAUCUUUCUACGGGAAGUCACACUCUUUUGAAACAUGAAACAUUAUAGCUAUAUUUAUCUAAUUCAACAGGGCGUACCGAAGAGCAAAUAUAUUAAUUUUUAUUUAUGUUAAUAAGCAGUGAAACGAAGAAUACUAUACUCUAUUAUGUCUGUGAAAGUAAGAAUUAUACAAAGAAGGAAAAAAAUCAUGAAGCAACAGAGUGUAUGCGAUAUUGUAUUAAUAUUUUUUAAUUUUUAUAUUAUUGUCAAUAAUUAGAUUAUAUAUUUUAUAGAGAUUCAUGAUGAUUCAUGACGGAGCGAUUAUAAGAUGCAUUAUUGCCUUUUGUUAAAAUAUCUUUACUCUCAUUAGAUAUAAUAUUUCUCUUUGUUCACUUCUUUGCUAUUUCUUAAAUUUUCUUAAAUAGUCUCAAAUAUAUAUCUUACACAUUCAAGUACUCUUCUUGUAUAUUUAUUCGUAUUUAAUUUAAACAAAGAUGCGAUUAUAUUGUAAAAUUUUGUGCUAUUUUGUGCAGGAAUAAUUGCACACGGAGUUCGUCUUAUAAUUGCUCUAUCAUCGUGAUUAAGUACAAGUACAUAAUUGUCGCUAAUUAUUGUAAAUUAUAUAAUAAUAAAUCUAUAAGUUUUAAUACGAUAUUGUACACACUCUACUGCUUCAAAUGUAUAAAGAUUAUUUUUCUUUUUUAUAUAAUUUUUAAAGUAAAAUAGGCCAAAAUUUUAUAGUAUAAUCCGCAUCUUUGUUCAAAUUAGAUAAAUAUAGAUUAGAUGAAUAUACAGAAAGGAAAAAUAUCGAAUGUGUAAAAUGCAUAUUUGAGACUAUAUGUUAAACAAAUUUGAUGGUUUAAAAAAAGAAAUUUACAAAACAGCAAAGUAAAUGAAGAAAAAAAUAUAC